AUGCAAACAGAAACCAAUGCGCACAUUCACGUUCUUUUGGUUGCCACCUAUGGUGAUGUGGAGACUGACAAGGUCACACCCCUCGAGUUCAAGACCGAGAAUACUCUGGGCCUGGCCGAUCUGCUCCUGACACAAUCAGAGUUUCUUGAACUCGUCAACAAGGACCCCAACAAAGUGUCGGGAGUCACCAUCGAGGGAGAUGCCCUCGAGUACUUCUGGAAGAUCACAAGAGGACAUGUUGGUAUCAUAAGAUUUGCUCUCCACGACCUGGACAAAUAUGCAGCUGACACACGAUCAAAGCUGGCGUCGGACGACAUCAUUCACUUUUUCAUUUCCCUCCGUUUCAACGAGAAGAUAGCAAAAACACGUGCCGUCCCCAAACAUCAAUACAAUGAGAUCGAGAUGAAGAUCAUCAAGAAUAUUCUCAUGGCCAACCAACCUCCCCUCAAAAUCUAUUUCUCAUCGCUUGAGGAAAAAGAUCACCUUGAGUACCUUAUCAAAAUAGGUGUUCUUGUCGACAUGGUACUCGAUAGCAACAAGAAUCGAUGCAUCUACUUUGCCUCUCCGAUCCUUCGUGGAAUCUACUUCACCAUGAUCUUUGGAGCACCAUCUGUCGAUUGCAAUGCGCAAAUGGAUAACCUUGGAGAAUUUGUCAAGUCUGUUCUCCAACUCAUUGAUCACAAUGCAAUCAAGACAACCUUGUCCAAAGGCAACCAUGGCACCGCCAUGGAAGACUUUUGGCAGCACGAGUUAUACCAUGCAGCACGAACAAUUAUGCCAAGCAACCACAACAUCUUUCCAGUUGUUGGCCACGAUGAAUACUUUGGUCCCAUAAAAGUCAACAACAACAACAACAAUAGCAGCAGUAGCAGUGGCGGUGGCGGCAGUGGCAGUGGCAGUGGCAACAACAAUAAUGACACUUGUAUGGAUUUAGAAGAGGCACCAAAGAUCGAGUCUCGACAAAAGAAACGAUUGAGAAGUUUGCCUCAAUCUGAUACUCAGAAGUCUACAGAUGCAUUGGGUAUGAUGGACUUCUUUAUCAACACUGGACUUGACUGGGGCAUCGAACUGACGCGAGAAGGCAAUGCUAUUUCAGAGCAUCUCAACCGUUUCAACGAGGGUGGACUGUAUCAUCAUUUCAAAAACAAGCUGUAG